UGGCAGCCGUUGGUUGGGAGAUUACGAAAUAAUGAGGGCGUGUUUUUUUCUGAGUCCCGCGCCCGCACCCAGCUUCGCGGUCUCCCGAUAAGGUGCCCAGACACAGCUCCGGCACUCAUAUCAACGGUUCUUGUUCAUUUCGGGGUGUACUGGACUGAGUGGCUGGUGCCGAAUGCGCUUGUGGUGGACGCGGCAUGGAUCUGCUGGGGAUUCCUCUGGAACGGUGGUGGGAACGGCCCACACGGCGGAUUCCAUGCAAAACACGAAUGCUAGUGGGAACGGCCCAUCAAAGCCUAUGUUUCACGAGUGUUAGCCGAACCUACACGCUAUAUUGAGCGGGACUUAUAUC